AUGCAUGUGCUGAUCGUCGGAGGAGGUCUCGGGGGGCUCAGCCUUGCUCAAUGCCUUCGAAAGCAAGGCAUUUCGUUCGAGGUCUUCGAGCGCGAUGCCAAUUCGCAAUCCCGCCCCCAGGGAUGGGCAAUUGCCAUCCACAGUAUCAUUGACCAACUCGCCGAGGCCUUUCCGUCGGAUAUGCCGGAUCUGAAAGAGGCGACAAAUCAUCUCGCACCUCUGAAGCUUCCUGCUCAGAUUGGAUUAUAUUUCCCCAACAGGGAAGGUCGUCUUGGUGUACAGGACUCCCCUGAGCUCCCGAUCGUCCGCUCUGAGCGCCGUCGGCUCCGGGACUGGUUGUCAACCAACAUACCCAUCCAAUGGAACAAACGAGUCAGCAAAAUCCAGUCCGAUGACGACGGGGUUACUGUCUUCUUUGAGGAUGGCACAAGUGCCAAGGGAGAUAUUCUUGUCGGUGCGGACGGUAUCAAGAGCGUGGUCCGAGAGAACUUAACCCAACGUACCAGUGAUGAGAUGCUCAAGCUUGUUCCGAUUGCUGCAAUCGUCGGGGAAUUGGACCUGUCUGGAGAAGCGUUCAAGCGUCAGCUUGCCCUGGGCCACAGUGCCUACAUCUUCGUCAGCCCUGAUCUUGGGUUCUGGAACUUCGGAGGACUGCAUCAUGUCCACCCCGACGGUGUUUCCGGUCGCCACUACUGGAUGUACAUGGAGCCAGACCCCAAUGUGGCCGAGCCAAAUCACUGGCUGCAGACGGCAACUCGCGAGGAGAAGCUGAAUUAUGUCUUGAAAAAGGUGUCGAAGAUGCCGCCGAAGUUUCGGGAGAUCUUUGAAUCUACACCCGCUUCCGGUAUUAAAGAGGAGCCUCAUAUCUGGCGUGAUCUGGAGCUCGAGAGCCUACCAGCAGGUCGUGUCAUUCUGGUGGGAGAUGCAGCCCACGCGAUGACUCCGUUCCGGGGUGAAGGGGGGUAUCACACGUUCAUUGAUUGUUUGGAACUGUCGAGAAUACUCGGCAAGAUAGAUUCUACUGACAUUGCAGCAGUCAAGGAAGCGGUCGCUGGAUACAACGCGGAAAUGCUGGAACGUGGCGUGGAGGCAGUGCGGAACUCAAGGGGUGAACAGGGAGACCGAAAAGCUCAAGAUCGCAAAUCGAAAGUGGUUUCGGCUAUGCAGGAGGCAAAGCCUCUUCCGGAGUCUGAGAUCGUUCUCGAAGCUAUGGCAUGA